UGUUUCAGAAAUCAGAGCUUAUAUUUAUUAUUUACAGAAAAUCUAAUUUAUUAUUGACAUUCAUAUAGCUUGUAUCAAUAAAUAUAAAAAAGUGUUCAAUAAAACAUGAACUCCUUGUGGCCUCGAGUGAUUCCCAGGUUAUUUCAUGUAAUUAGCUUACCCAGAUUAAAUAAGAAUCCUAUGCAAAUAUCUUCCUACUGCUCUUUACGUGCUACUCAGAAUAUUCAAAUAAAACCUACUACUUGGUCAUAUAGCGCACUUCGUCACAAAUCAAAAAAGAGAAAAGACUAUGAUUCUGAUGAUGAACAAGAAUUUGAUGAGGGUGAUCAGUCGCUAUCUAAAGAUUCAAAAGUGAUGAAACUUACAACUACAUCUCUUAGAACGGAUGCAGUUCUGAAAUCAGCAUUAGGUGUUGCAAGGAACAAAAUUGAAGAGCUAUUUUAUGAAAGUAAAAUAAGAGUAAAUGGCAAAAAGAUAUUAAAAAAAAGUACACCAGUAAGAGAGGAUUAUGAAAUAGAUGUAAUUAAAGGGUUGAGUCCAAAAAACCCUGACCAUAUAUUGGUCUCUAGAGUAGAGGUAUUGAGUAUGACUGCAAAGGAAGAUUCAAUAGUGAUUACUGUCAGGAGAUUUAAGAAUUUACUUAUAGAAAAUUAUGAAAAAGACCCUUACAAACCUUCAACUGCUGAUAGUGAAAAUUAAACACAAUAAGUAUAACUGUAUAAUAAUAUAUUAGUGUACCUCAAGCCAUUUUUCCUAUACAUAAUAUGUAAAUAAUGCAAUGUGAGGCAUAAGGAAUUUAGUUCAUGAAAAAGUUGGGAUGUUGUACAAUACAGACCUCAAUUAAGAAAAGAAAGUAUCAUUUGGAAUAUUUUAUUUUGUACAAAUGUUGAUUAUUAAAAAAUAAUAGACA